AUGGACGUUUUUGUUGAUGGUGAAUUAGAGUCUCUCUUGUGGAUGUUCAAUGCUGAUCAAUGUUCAUCAUCUGAGGAGGACCGACCGAGAGAUGAGAUUCUCAGUUUCUCUAGCCUUUACAAUGAUCAUCUUCAUGAUCAUCACCAGAACAAUGUCUUGUCUUCUGAUGAUCACCAUGCUCUCUUUGAUAUGUUCCCACCUGGCGCAACGCAUGGAGGGAAUCUUCCGACCAUGUUUGAUUCUGGAGAUCAAAACUACCUCCAAGAAACGGCAACGCGCAAGAGGAAACCACUUCAGGAACUAGUCAAAGCUAAGAAAAAGCAGAGGGUAAACCCGCAAAACAAUUCAGUCGACACUAACUGGAGAAAUGGUCAGAGUAUAAUCAACAAUUCAGUUGAUGAGAAAUCUUCAGUCACAAGUGUUAGAGGCAAAACAAGAGCCACCAAAGGACAAGCUACUGAUCCUCAAAGCCUCUAUGCUCGGAAACGAAGAGAGAGGAUUAACGAAAGGCUCAGGGAGCUGCAAAACCUUAUACCAAACGGGACAAAAAUUGAUAUAAGCACAAUGCUCGAAGAAGCCGUGAAUUACGUGAAGUUCUUGCAGCUUCAAAUUAAGUUGUUGAGCUCGGAUGAUCUAUGGAUGUAUGCACCAUUGGCUUACAACGGACUCGACAUAGGAUUCGAUCACAACCUUUUGUCUCAGCUAAUGUGA